GCGCCCGCGCAAGUGUGCUGUGUGUAUGUGAGCACGCCGUGCGUCUCGUCUCGCCUCCCCUUUGUAAGCGCUUUGUUUGGGCGGUGCGUUUAAUAGGAGCAGACAUCGUGAAGUCCACCAUUUUUGUGACGAUUUUUAUUUCUACGUAUUUAUAAAAGCGAGGGUUUCUCUUGUACACUAAUGUCGGUGGGACUGGAGUCUGGGUUUUCCAGCGAGGAGGUGCUGAAUAUUCGUUUCCCUCUUCAUCGGGCGUGCAGAGAUGGAGAUUUGGGCGCGCUGUGCUCGCUCCUCCAGUGCAGCACGGAUCAGUUGUCUGUGGAAGACUCUUUCUACGGGUGGACUCCGCUACAUUGGGCUGCACACUUCGGCAAGCUGGAGUGUGUGUUGCGUCUGGUGCAGGUGGGAUGUGGUGUGAACUCUGUGACCUCUCGGUUUGCUCAGACGCCUGCUCAUAUUGCUGCCUUCGGGGGUCAUCCUCAGUGCUUGCUCUGGCUGCUGCAGGCUGGAGCUGAUAUAAACAGACAGGACUAUGUUGGAGAAACCCCCCUCCACAAAGCGGCCCGUGCUGGCAGCAUUGACUGCAUUAACACGCUCCUGGUCCAGGGAGCCAAGGCAGACAUGAGGAACGCUAGUGGACUGACCGCCGCUGACCUAGCCCACGCCCAGGGCUUUCAAGAGUGUGCCCAGCUGCUUUCCAAUGCCCAGAACCAGCAGCUCAAUCAGCUUAACGGGUUCUCAACCAAUGGCUCUGUGUGCUUUGGGGACCGCAAGCUAAUCCAAGAGCGUGGCAUCCUUAAUGGGGUUCCCAGCCGAAAAAGGUCUCUUGAUUGCAUGGAGUCAAAUCUAAUUAAAAAGGCCAGAACAGAUGAUCUCGGUUAUCAGCCGAUGAAUGGAGUAAAUGGAUCCAGCGGCGAGGACCAGAUGGAGAACAUGCACAUGGAGUUUGGCCAAGCGCUGAGCACCCCAGCAGGACUCCCACUUAACGGACAUUGCCAUCCUGUGCGGCACCUCAAUGAAGGUGACCUGACGCACAAGAACAUAAAUGGGAAUACAACCGAAGUUGAGAGUAUUGAUGUGGUUGUCUCCUCACAUCUUGGUUGCUUUGAAAAAGGGCUUCAUUUUGGGCAUCAUAAUGGCUUCGGAGAUACACCUGAGAACAUGGAGGACGCCAGCAGUCAGAUAGAGCACCGCAAGUCAGUCAGUGUAGAGGAGCAGUAUGACCACAUCACCUUCAACACCAUGCACCUCUACCAUGGCUGUUAGGAUGUCCCAUCCAGACUCAUAUGCCUUUAUACAUCCAUAUAGAAUGUGCUUGAAUUGCUUUAAGUCCAAGUCCUUUGAAAUGGACACUGUAUUUGUAUUUGUGUUGUCAAAAAAAAAAAAAAAGUGCAAUCCUUUUUUAAUUUGGGUCAUUUAAAAUAGUUGGAGGAUACAAGAGGCUGUUCAUUUUUUAUGCAUUAUUUGUAAGGACAUUUAUUGUAUUAAUUGUGCCUACAUAUAAAAUAUAAUUGUUUAUUGACAUGUCUUUCUUAUAUAGUAGUUAGAGCUGUGUGUGAAUAAAACGGCUGGUGAAUUGA